UUGACAGACACACUGAAUCCCGAAAAUACUUCUCAUUUGACGAAAAAUGACAACAAACGUCAGCAUCCGGCUGGAGGAGGUGGAAGAAUUGGUUCGGCGUAAGUUGGAUGAGAUGAAGACGACGAAAUGUUCUCCAAUCAGCGUCAUGGUGGAAGGGGUGCAGGAAUUCUUUGCCUCCAAGUUGGACGUGAUGAAGGCGAGGAUUAAAUCUUCUCCAGGUGACGUCCAGCUGGAAGAGGUCGACGCCUUGGUUUCUUGCACGAUGGCCGAGAUGGAGUCGAGGUUGAGGGCUGUGGAGCGUGAAAUGUGGACAAUGGUGUGCGGGGUGGAGGAAGAGGAGCGUGAGUCGGAGAGGUCGACGGUCACGGAGCGAGGGGACGACGGUGGAGCCACCUGCUGUUUGGGAAGCAUGAAGCCGCCAUCCAUCAUCCUGAGGAACAUGAUCCUGCCCAAGGACUUGUGGCCCGCGUUUCCUCGGGGGCUCAACCUCUCCGUGUCGGACUACUUCCUCUACCAGCCUGGCUUCCCGACCCGCGCCAACAUCCGCACCAUACUCAAACCCUCCGCCUACGACCUCCAGUACGAAGAGGUCUGGCUCACCACCAAGGACCACGUCGACAUCUACGCCUUCCUCAUCAAAACCAAACUCGGCAACACCCACUCCUGCCCAACCCUCAUCUUCUUCCACGGAAAUGCGGGUUCCAUUGGCGACAGAUUGGAGAAUGUGAAAAUACUCCUGGACGACCUCUCGUUGAACAUAUUCCUCGUGGAAUAUCGCGGCUACGGACCCUCCAAAGGUGUCCCGUCAGAACGCGGUCUGUACCGCGAUGCCAAAGCUGCCUUUAGAUACGUCACCACCAGGUCGGACCUCGACGCGAGAAAAAUCUUUGUCUUUGGCCGCUCUCUGGGUGGAGCAGUUGCGAUCCAUCUCGCUUCCCGGAAGGCGACGCGAGGACGUUUGGCGGGUGUGAUCGUGGAAAACUCGUUCACUUCCGUCCCCUCCAUUGCGAAGAAGGUGAUUGACUUCCCGGGCAUCCGCUACCUCCCGCGAUGGUUCUACAACAACAAGUUUGACAACAAGGUCAAGGUGGGUGCUAUUGUGGCGCCCGCCCUCUUCAUCUCCUCCGAGAACGACGAGAUCGUGCCUGCCGGGAUGAUGCACAAGCUCUACGCCCUCACCGGAUCGGACAAAAAGAGCUUCGCAAAAAUAGACGCGGGUCACAAUGACGCCUUCGAGGCUGACGCUUAUACUCGUCUGCUGCACGAUUUUAUCCAGUCGGCCUUGAGUGUGACUUCCACGCCCGACGACGUUUGCGCCCCUGUCAAGACCGCACCCCCGCCGGAUGGGAAAAUAUCAAGACUUGACUCGGAGGAGGACAUGUGGGAAGACAUUCUUGUGAGCGAAACCACAACCAAACUUCUUCUCACGUCAUGAAGCCAAACUCUUUGUUGUAUUAUCUAAUAAAUUGCUCGUGUAUGCAUAGAUAUUUAAAUGUGAGUCUGCACAAAG